AUGACGGAUGAAUUGUCGCACUAUUUUGUGAAUUCUUCGCAUAAUACGUACUUGGACGGCGGACAGUUGUUCUCGAGGUCGACGAGUUCGGCCAUCGCGUGGGCGCUCGAACGCGGGUGCAGAGUCGUCGAGCUGGACUGUUACGACGGAGGGUCGAAGGGGCCGAUCAUCACGCACGGAGGGACGGCGGUGCGCCCGAUGUUGUUUAAGGACGCGAUCGCGGUUAUCAACGACAGGGCACACGUAGCUAGCGAGUAUCCGGUGAUUGUGACUUUGGAGAAUCACGCGAGUCGGGAGACGCGCGCGGUGAUGGCGAAAAUCAUGCGACACACGUUCGGCGAUAAACUCUGGACGCCGCCGUCGAAAGGCGAAGGCGAAGGCGAAGAAGAAUCAUACGUGUUGGACCGCUGGCCAUCGCCGGCCGAGUUGAAGGGUAAAGUGAUAAUUCGGGACAAGAGCACCAAAGCUACACUUUCAACUGGGAAAAACAAGCUCUCGGUGGCGAACUCCGUGGUCAACCUCUCCAAAAGUGCGCCUGCAGGCGUUCCUGAAGACUCCGAUGGGACGAGCGAGGACGACGGCGGCGAGGACGACGAGGACAUCAAGGCACUCGUCUCAUUGCGAAAUUUGAAGUUUCAUGGUUUCAAGGAAGCGAAAGAUCUCGGUACAAAGUUUUCUUGCAGUUGGAGCGAGAACAAGGCCAAGAAAUUAGUCGAAAAGUCGAGCCAAAAGGAUUUGCUCGAAUUCACCAAGGCGCAUUUGCUUCGCACGUACCCGGGCGGUCAACGCAUCAUGAGUAACAAUUACGAUCCCUCCGACGCGUGGUCCAUAGGCGCAUCGCUCGUCGCGCUCAACUUUCAGGCGCAAGACAGAUAUAUGUGGGUGAACCAAGCCAAGUUUGCGGUCAACGGUGGGUGCGGUUACGUGAAAAAGCCCGACUAUUUAAUCAACCCGUCGGUUCAAAGACCGACCAAGCCUAGAAUUCUGCGCAUACACGUCUUCUGCGGACUAGGUUGGGAAAAUUUCAAGGAUGCCGAUUUCAUGUCGGCACCGGAUACGUUCAUGAAGAUUUCCCUCUUCGGUUGCGUCGCCGAUCGCUUGUCCGCGACUUCCAGAGGGAAUUCAAUGAGAACGUCGGUGUACUCCAAGGCACGAGUCGGUCCGUGCGCUCAACCCAUUUGGAACGAGCACUUUGACUUGGAAAUUCGCGAGCCCGAACUCACGGUGCUACAAAUCCAAGCCAUGGACAAAGAUGGCGCGCGCGAUGAGUUCCUCGCACACUACGACGUCGCCGUUAGCGCUUUGCGCGAAGGCGUCCGCAUUGUACCGUUGCUCGCGCGCGACGACGAAUACGUACACGACAGCAAGUCCUGCGCUGGCGUUUUGUGCAAGUUUGAGUGGCUCGAUGAGAAAAGCUCGUCCAACGAUGCUCUGCCAGCUCGAACGAACGAGUCAAAAGAGACGACCAACAUCUCCGAAGAUGCGUAACAGACUAAUAUGUGGCUGUGGACGUCGCCGACGUCUCAGCGUCUCACACUUCUUACUUUUCUAUGUGUAGAACAUUCGCGUUGUAA